ACUCUUUUUGUGGCAGAAAGUCCAGCCGUUUCCGCUGUCGCUGUUGUGUUGACAUGUACCGCAGUGACGUCAUGACGUCGCGUGGCGUUUUUUGUUUACUGUUCUCGAGCGCCGAGGGGGGCGGGCGCUAGCGGCACGGGUUUUUGUAGUGUAAACAUCUUUCAGACGAGAAACGCUUUCACCUGGCGCUGGCGUCUUUUAACGCGGCCAGAAUUAGGGCGUCGCGACGUGCGGGUCCGGGUCUCUGAAGCCGCGGAGCUUCCCUAUCCUGCUAGCUCAGCUCCCGAGACGAGCGGAAUGGAGGCUCGCUGGAGCGCGUCUGUGUAGCUGCUGCUAGCUGGGACGCUGUUGACGGCGCUGAGCGGACCAUUAGGGAACAAGCUCUGCGGCCAAGUUUUGGACGUCCCUCUGCUAGCGUGGAGGUGGUCCCGUUCAUCUCGGGUUCGCCGUCCCUCGAUGGGGUGGAGUUCCUCCCUGGAGUCGCCGCACAGGCUGCGCUAAGCUCUAGUCGUCGGUUCUCGCUCGCGGGGAGAGAUCGCCGUCGGGGCCAGAAUGGCGUCGAGGAGCUCGUGGAAGUCUCGCCUCAAACGCGGCCGUCUCCGCGCGCCCGGCUGGACGAGGCCGGGCCUGGCAGCUUUGUUCUGGCUCUGCGUGACCCAGUCGGUGUGCGGCGCCGGGGCGGCCAAGGCGGUGAUGCAGAAGGACGCGGAGUUUGACGUGACCUACAACGACACGGUUACGAGCGUGAACCAGACCACGUACGCGUUCAACCACACCAUCUCCAGGAACAAGACGGAGGGCGUGCGUGUGACCGUGGACGUGCUGGAGCAGACGCUGGAGGCUCCUAUCCUCUUUGUCGUCAGGCAAAAGCAAGCCGUCAUGUCCUUCCAAGUCCCCCUCAUUCUAAGAGGCCUCUACCAGAGGAAGUACCCCUACAAGCACGUGGGCCGAACGUUGUGCCAGCCUCCGACCCGGGCCGCCUCUGAGACCCAGUACUUCUUCGUCGACGUGUCCACCCUGUCCAGCCACAGGACGAACUACCAGCUCCGAGUGAGCCGUGUGGAAAGUUUCACCCUGCAGACCGACAAGAAAUUCAGCUUCACAGCAUCACCUUCCCAGCCCCAGUUUUUUAAAUACGUCUUUCCUGACGGGGUGGACACGGUCAUCGUCAAAGUCAACUCGGACGUGAACUUCCCCUGCUCCGUCAUGUCUGUUCAGGACAUCCAGUGUCCUGUCUAUGACCUUGACAACAACGUGGGCUUUAUUGGGAUGUAUCAGACUAUGACGAAAAAAGGCGCCAUCACUGUGCAGAGAAAGGAUUUCCCCAGCAACAGUUUCUACGUGGUGGUGGUGGUGAAAACGGAGGACGAGGCGUGUGGCGGCCCGCUGCGCUUCUACCCGCUGCAGCCGGACGAGCUGAUCGACGCCGGCAACCGCACCAAGGACCUGGAUGUGUUGGUCUCGCCCGCCAUCAACUCUGAGAAGUAUGUGAUUGGCAUGCUGUUCUGUCUGGGCAUCUUCCUCUCGUUCUACGUGGUGACUCUGCUGGUCGCCUGCAUGGAGAACAAGCGACUGAAGAGGAGAGAGAUGUAUGAGAACGCCCCCGACAUGUCGCCUGCUGAGACAGCCUCCCUUCUCGGGAAGAACGCCGACGGCAAGACUCCAGCCUCGCCGUAUGAAUAUGGCUCCUUUGCUGACAACGGCAGCACGCUGAGCUCCGAGGCCGUCACCGACAGCGCCACGUCGACCGACAACAACUACGGCUACCUGGGACAGGAGCCGUUCAAACGCCGACCGUUCCUCAGUCACCUUCACCACGUAGCCGUCCGCAUUGAGCGAUCGCUGGACAGCGUCGCACGAAGCAGGCAGGAGUCGUUAAGCUCGGUGGAGGAGGACGACUACGACACGCUGGACGACAUCGACUCCGACAAAAACAUCGUCCGCACCAAGAAGUACCUGUGCGUGUCCGACCUGGCUCGCAAAGACAAGAGGGUCCUCAGCAAGAAAUACCAAAUCUACUUCUGGAAUAUUGCUACCAUAGCCGUUUUCUAUGCGCUGCCGGUCAUCCAGCUGGUCAUCACAUACCAGACGGUGGUCAACGUGACGGGCAAUCAGGACAUCUGCUACUACAACUUCCUGUGUGCCCACCCGCUGGGCGCUCUAAGCGCGUUCAACAACAUCCUGAGCAACCUGGGCUACGUGAUGCUGGGCCUCCUCUUCCUCCUCAUCGUCCUCAAGAGGGACGUCAUCCACAAUCGAGCGCUGGUCCGCAACGAUCUCAACGCGCUGGAGUGCGGGAUCCCGAAGCAUUUCGGCGUGUACUACGCCAUGGGAACCGCUCUGAUGAUGGAGGGCCUGCUCAGCGCCUGCUACCACGUCUGUCCCAACUACACCAACUUCCAGUUCGACACCUCCUUCAUGUACAUGAUCGCCGGGCUGUGCAUGCUGAAGCUGUACCAGAAGAGACACCCCGACAUCAACGCCAGUGCCUACACCGCCUACGCCUGCCUGGCCGCCGUCAUCUUCUUCUCCGUGCUGGGAGUGGUGUUUGGGAGAGGAAACAUGGUGUUCUGGAUAGUUUUUUCCGUGAUCCACAUCCUGGCCACCAUGUUCCUCAGCACGCAGCUCUACUACAUGGGUCGGUGGCGGCUCGACGCUGGCAUCCUGCGGCGCAUUGUGUACGUCAUCUACACAGACUGCAUCCGGCAGUGCAGCGGACCCAUGUACAUCGACCGCAUGGUGCUACUGGUGAUGGGGAACAUAGUCAACUGGUCCCUCGCUGCCUACGGGCUCAUCGAGAGGCCCAACGACUUCGCCUCCUACCUGCUGGCCAUCGCCAUCUGCAACCUGCUGCUCUACUUUGCCUUUUACAUCAUUAUGAAGCUGCGGAGCGGCGAGAGAAUCAAGUGUCUGCCGUUGGUGUGUAUUCUCUUCACGGCGGUGGUGUGGGGCUUCGCGCUGUACUUCUUCUUCCAGGGACUCAGCACCUGGCAGAAAACUCCAGCAGAGUCCCGGGAGCACAACCGAGACUGCAUCCUGUUGUCAUUCUUUGACGACCACGACAUCUGGCACUUCCUGUCCUCCAUCGCCAUGUUCGGGUCCUUCCUGGUCCUCCUGACCAUGGACGACGACCUCGACACUGUGCAGAGGGACAAGAUCUUCGUCUUCUAGAUGUGUCGGGCCUUCUUUGAGGAGCUCAGCCUCGUCCUCUCUGCCUUAUCAGCCUCGUCCUCUCUGUUGGCAACUGGUCCCACGUUGAGAGAAAAAAAAAAAAAAAGCACAGCUUGUUCCUCGGGCUGUCGGCGAGCACGCCUCUCCCUCUCAGAGACACUCGUGUGCCAAUUCAGAGCUGGAUCAACAUGGGGCCCACCCUGAAGUGUUUCAUCCUGCUGCCGCCAUCAUCAUCCAUGUUACUGUCGCUGUCCGUGUUUACGCACCGCCGCUGAUGGAAGACUGCGAUGCAGACACCGAUCUAUCCCGGUUCUUUUUUUUCUUCGGUCCUCGUUCUGGUCGGUUCAGCAGGAAAACGGUGUCUUUCGUACGCCGCGCGCUGUCAUGCAGGGUUGCGCGUGUUUACAAGCGGCGUAAACGCGAGCGGCGUCCAAUCAGCCAGUGGCCUUCGGUGUUCUAAUCAUGUCUCGUGCCGCGCUCGGAUUGGUCAGCUCCUCUAACCAGCCGUCCUUGAUGAUUGUAUUUACUAUUCGACUGCCCUAGUGUAUGACUGCGGAGCUGGUUCUUUUUUGUUUGUUGUUUUUUUUGCACUGUUCUGUAUGAAAAGUACAUUUUACCGUCCAAUAUUGCAAUGAUUACGGUUACUAAAUAAAAAGGUUCUUUUUCAGGAA